AUGACGGCAAGAAGACGCUUAUUACAUGAUUUAACCAAAUUGCAAAAUGAAGACUUACAAGCUCCAACUAAAGAAGAUAUGCGUAUAUGGAACGCUGUAAUUAUGGGACCAACUGAUACAUGUUUCGAGGAUGGUACAUUUACGUUACGUAUGGAAUUUUCAGAUCAGUAUCCACUGAAACCACCAAAUGUGCGUUUUACAUGUAAAAUGUUUCAUCCAAAUGUUUAUGCCGAUGGCAGCAUUUGUUUGGAUAUUUUACAACGUAAUUGGAGUCCAACAUAUGAUGUUAUCUCAAUAUUGACAUCAAUACGUUCACUAUUAAAUGAUCCAAAUCCAAAUAGUCCGGCAAAUAAUGAAGCAGCAAAAUUAUUUUUAGAAAAUAAACGUUUGUAUGAAACAAAAGUUAAAAAAUUAAUUGAAGAACAGAUAAUGAACGAUCAAACAUUAUUUGAUGAUGAAGACGAAGAAAAAGUAGAAAAAAAACAACCUCCACCAUCUGCCACGGGAACAGCAGCUACAGCGACAUCAACAGCAAGUGAAGCAACAGCAACAAAUGUGCAACAGCCUUCACCUUCGACAAGUAAUGCCAUUGCAGAGCCACAACAACAGCAAAAUGAACAAUAA